AUGAUUCGUGUAAGAGAAGAUCCUGACUAUGUUCGAAAUACACUGACAUAUCAUCCAAUUAUGAUUGAAAAGAAAAACGAAUAUAAGAAACUGAUUGAAAUCGAGGGUUCGUUUGUUUCUCCAAUGGAAGACCUUAUUCCAACUGCAAUGUGUUCAAAGAAUAGAAUUGCUAGGUUUCAGAUGAUUAUUCCUAAGAAGUGGAAAUCAGAACAUAGACCCGUUUGCUUCCACUAUUCAGGGACUGGUGAUCAUAGUUAUUAUCGUCGUCGCGUAUUUUUAGCGAAUCAAUUAAUUGAAGAUGGCGUUGCAUCAAUCAUAAUUAUGAAUCCCUAUUAUGGUACUCGCCUACCAGUUGAUCAAAAAGGCUCCAGUUUAAAUUAUCUUUCGGAUCUUUUCGUUAUGGGAGGAGCACUCAUUCUUGAAUCUCAUACUCUUCUCCGAUGGUGUCAAAAGCAAGGAUAUGGUCCAUAUAUCCUCCAUGGUGUUUCGAUGGGUGGUUACAUGGCAACUAUAUGUGCAACAACCGUUCCAUUUCACAUCUCCCUGGUUCCAUGUCUGUCUUGGACUUCUGCCUCCGUUGUAUUUCUGGAAGGAGUCCUCAGUCGUUCGGUGGACUGGCGAACUCUGACAAAGCAAUAUACUCAGGAUUCUGUCUACUCAAAAAUCAUUCGUCCCAAGAUUCAACCCUCAAUUCGGCCAGCUUUUGUCCUAAAAGGUAUUCGCUUGGCUAAUCGCUUUCCACGUAUCUUCCUCGCGAGUAUUAAUAUCAUUUUCCCUGCUUCAGCCCAAUGCCAAACUGGUCUUAACUGUUUGACUACUGACCUUACUAAAUCAAAGGAUACUUUGAAACCUGCUACUAAUCUUCUUGCUCCCCAGCCCCCCAAAGAUUCAAUUACUCCGGAUUAUAUCCUCAAUUUCCUCACCUUUUACCGAAGACCACUGUCGGACGCAGCUAAGCUGAUGGACUUCCUUAAGUCGCAUAAUCGCCUUCAUCUGUAUGUAGAUAACCACAUUUGGGACGGUGCUGUCCCUGCUGUUCGAGGUGUACCUAUUCCUUCAGUCUUUCCUGAAAAUGUGAAAGUGGAUCCGGAGGUACGUGAAUUUCUCAGAGAACUGCUGGAUUUUUUCACGCACUUGGGAAACUUCCCACCAGUUGUGGAUCCCCGGCUUAUUUUUUCCGUAACAGCUGGAAAAGACGCAUACGUUCCACGUGAUGGAGUGGUUCCCCUCGAUGUUGUCUUCCCGGAAUCUGAUAUCCGUUUUCUACCUCAAUCUGGACACGUGAGCACAUACAUUCGAAAUUUCCUCUGGAAUCAGGACUUUCGGUAG